UCCUUUUACUGUACCCUGUGGACUUAACGGCAACUACACACCAAUAAUUCACCGUCGCUAAGCUAUAAACAAACGCUCUUGUGUUCAGGAAACGGUGAAGCUUUAGAAUGGAUUAAUUCUUGGUGUUUCGGCCCCCCUUGGUACGGUUUCCCUCAGGCGUUAUUAUGCAACGGCUUUAAUCCUUAUUAGGAUUAUUCGCUGGACACUGCCAUGACAACUAAAACGUGAAAACUGGUGUUAUUUAUGUCUCAGUUGAUUGAAAAAGCAAACUUAGGCUUUUUUUAAACAUGUAUUUAUGAAGAUGGGAUGCUAACAUACUGGUUUGGUCACAUGGCUGGAGGACGUGUUGAAUCAGUAACGUUAGUGGAGGGUGACAGCAGCGAGGCUCCUGCUAUAAUACACAGAUACCAAAAUAGGAGCUCGACAUUCUCCAGAGGCUGACACUAAAUACAGGGGCCACAUGUCUGAUCUGUCCGAGCACAAGCCGCACUGCUGGGGAUAAAACUUCUACGAAGAAAGGACGAGCUGUGUCAAUCAGUCAUUAGACGGGUCAGUUGCAAUGUCAGGAAAAGCUCAAAGCGGUUACUCCUACGAGUUCUGCGAUGCCUCUCACUCCUCUGAGGUGCUGGAAGCUCUUCAUGAGUUUCACAGCAGCGGUCUGUUCACAGACGUCACCCUGCAGUCUUCAUCCGGACAGCUCUUCCACUGCCACAAGGCUGUCCUAUCAGCCCGCAGCUCCUAUUUCAAGGUAAUGUUCACCUUAGACAUGAGAGAACGUUUGAACGACACCAUCAACCUACCUUGCAUAAACGGAGAGAUUCUGGGUGCUUUGGUGAGCUACGUCUACACGUCAAAGAUCAGCAUAACCCAGAACAACGUCCAAAGUCUUCUUGAAGCCGCAGACCUGUUGCAGUUCAACUCGCUCAAGAAAGCCUGCGAGAGCUUCUUGAUUCAUCUGCUGGACGUCGAUAACUGCCUCGGGAUGCACUCGUUUGCUGAGCUUCACGUGUGCUCUGAUUUGCAGCACGAGGCUUUGAGGAUCAUACUGAGCCGCUUUGAAGAACUCACACUUCAGGAGGAGUUCCUAGAGGUGGAUUUCCAAAAGCUCAUGGGGAUUUUAGAAACGGAGAACAUUAAUGUGUGGAAAGAAGUGACUUUAUUGGAUGCAGUGGUCAAAUGGGUCGCCCAUGACACGGCUCCUCGAAUAGACCACCUUCAAGAGCUUCUCAAAUGCAUCCAUCUCGAAGUGGAUGAUGCUUGCCUCAAAACUGCUUUGGAUCUACGCAAAGGUUGCUCUGAAAACAAAUUGCGAUCUCUGAUUCGUGCCUCCUUAAAGCCGAGCAAAGGUUUCUCACAGUGCUGCAAAAAACUAACGUGCAGCUUGUAUGUUAUUGGUGGAUAUUACUGGCAUCCGUUGUGUGAAGUCCACAUGUGGGACCCUGUUUCCAACACAUGGGUUCAGGGCAAAGACAUGCCUGAUUUUGAAAGAGAGAGUUAUAGCGUGGCACUUCUAGGCCCUCAUAUCUAUGUGACAGGAGGAUACAGGACACAGACUGUGGAUGCUUUAGAUACCGUGUGGAUUUAUAACACAGACUCGGAUGAAUGGACAGAAGGAUGUCCCAUGAUCACAGCCAGAUACUACCACUGCUCCGUGGCUUUACGUGGAUGCAUAUACGUCAUUGGUGGAUAUACGACAGGAGCUCCUACUCAAGAAACUGAAGUCUAUGAUCCUUUGAAGAGGAGAUGGUUUCCUGUGGCUGAUAUGAUACAAGGCGUGGGAAAUGCAACCGCUUGUGUGGUGAAUGACAGAGUCUAUGUAACCGGAGGGCAUUAUGGGUACAGAGGAACCUGCACUUACGAGAAGAUUCAGACUUACCGGCCAGAUAUCAAUGAGUGGAGCAUCACAACGAUAUGUCCACAUCCUGAGUAUGGCCUUUGCUCGGUCUCCUUGAACAAUAAGCUUUAUCUGGUCGGCGGUCAGACCACCAUCACAGACUGUUACGAUCCCGAGAGAGAUGAAUGGAGGCAGAUGUGUGCGAUGAAGGAGAGAAGGAUGGAAUGCGGCUCAGCUGUUAUAAAAGGGGGCAUCUAUGUAGCAGGUGGGUAUUCAUACUCUAAAGGGACAUAUCUGCAAAGUAUAGAGAGGUACGACCCUGAGAUAGACUGCUGGGAGAUAGUGGGAAACCUCCCAUCGGCUGCACGCUCACACGGCUGCGUUUGUGUGUUCAGCGUGUGAAAUCACAGCACAAUCACUGUCUGUGGAGCCACAUCCAGUGGGGUCUAAAUGUCUGAGACAUUUUAUUUAAACAUAGUUCAAUCAUGGCAACUCUCGGAACAUUUUUUGCAUGGUGAUG